AUGGACAAAACACCGGACGACAAAACAUCGACCUCCACCUGGGCAGAGUCUGUGAAUGGUUCUACUGUUCCAACUGAGGUUCUAUCUGUGUUCUCCCAGCAUGAACAUAAUAUUGUUGCAGCCUAUCUAAUAACAGCAGGGGUAAUAAGCAUUUUAAGCAACAUUGUGGUUCUGGGAAUUUUUGUAAAAUACAAGGAGCUACGCACAGCAACCAAUGCCAUCAUCAUCAACCUGGCAUUUACUGAUAUUGGAGUCAGUGGGAUUGGUUAUCCUAUGUCUGCUGCUUCUGACCUUCAUGGAAGUUGGAAAUUUGGAUAUGUAGGAUGCCAGAUCUAUGCUGGCUUGAAUAUUUUUUUUGGCAUGGCAAGCAUUGGACUGCUGACUGUGGUUGCUAUUGAUCGAUACCUGACUAUCUGUAGACCUGACAUAGGAAGAAGAAUAACAAGCUAUAAUUAUGCAGCCAUGAUUAUCGCUGCAUGGAUAAAUGCAGUUUUCUGGUCUGUCAUGCCUAUUGUGGGAUGGGCAAGUUAUGCUCCAGACCCUACUGGAGCCACGUGUACAAUUAACUGGAGGAAAAAUGAUGUGGCCUUUGUUUCAUACACAAUGACGGUGGUCGCAGUAAACUUUGUUGUGCCUCUGAUUGUAAUGUUUUACUGCUAUUACAAUGUGUCUACCACCAUGAAAGGAUACGGCAGCAGCAACAGUCUAGGGGGCGGCAAUGUAGACUGGUCUGAUCAGGCGGAUGUCACAAAGAUGUCAGUAGUGAUGAUUGUCAUGUUUCUGGUGGCCUGGUCUCCCUAUUCCAUUGUGUGCUUAUGGUCAUCUUUUGGGGAUCCUAAACAAAUCUCACCAGCAAUGGCUAUCAUAGCUCCUCUGUUUGCUAAAUCCUCCACUUUCUACAACCCAUGCAUAUAUGUCAUUGCAAAUAAAAAGUUCAGGAGAGCAGUACUUUCCAUGGUGAGAUGCAAGUCACGUGGAGAAGUAAAUCUUGAUAACCAGUUUGCAAUGAGUGUCUCCCAAAAUCCUUUGACAACAUAG